AUGGCGUCCUCUGAGUCCUCGAUCCCUGUUCCCUUGGUCACGAUCAAGGUGAACUAUGACGGCGAGCCUCAUCGCUUCAAGCUUCCCCUUCGCGAGAUGGGUGCCACUACCUUCGAGGAUAAGCUUCGACGAUCGCUCCGAAUUCCUACCGAUGUAGCCUGUGUUAUCGAGCGCUAUUCCGACUCUGCCGGCUCCUUCGUCGUUCUGGACCGAGCCAACGUUCCUGUGUACAAGCAGCUCUAUCGUGCCGCGAAGGCCAAGUCUAAGCUAAAGAUCCGAGUUACUACGAUUGAGCCGCCCAAGGCCGACGAGGUCGAGGAAGAUUCGCCUGUCGAUGAGCCUACUCCGGAGGCCGUCGAGACGCCGGUCGAACAGCCCGCUCCUGUUGUGGAGGAGAAGCCCAUUGUCGAAUCGGUUCAGCCGAUGCCCACAUUUGAAAAUGUCCCUCUUCGUGUCCGACACAACCCUCCUGAGGAAGAGGACUCCACCGUUGACCAGACCGACCGCUCGGUUAUGACGGAUCCUUACCUUCGUAGCAUGGCCCCUCCCGUUUGCCCCUACGCGGGCUCUACUCUGGAAUAUCGAGUCUGCUGCAACAGCUGCGAGCGAACCAUCCCCGAUGCCCACUACCACUGCACCAAGUGCGAUGACGACGACUUCGAUCUCUGUCUCACCUGUGUCGAGAGCGGCAUUACUUGCUACGGCCCCGAUCACUGGCUGAUCAAGCGCUUCAAGAAGGACGGUGUGUUCGUCAGCAGCACCACCGAGGUCCUUCCCCCGAAGCCCAAGGCCAAGCCGGUACCGACGGUCGAGAAACCGGCCGAGCAACCAGCCCAGCAAGUACUUGUUGAGCUUGUCCACGCUCCUCAACAGCAGGACCCCCUUCGUAACAUUGAGCCUUUGGUUAAUCUGCGAGCCUGCAACUGCUGCAUGCAAGAACGAGCCGAGCGCCACUUCCUACACUGCACCUCUUGUGAAGACUUUGAUCUCUGCACAAGCUGCUUCGCGAAGGAUGUUCACGGCCAUCAUCCCAAGCACUCUUUCGUCCCCGCUGUGGCGGACGCUUACGUUCCUGACCAUAUCGCGGCCAGGCUAGGUCCCGGCCGUAACCAGACUCAUCACGCCAUCUGCGAUAACUGUGACAAGUUCAUCCGCGGAGUUCGCCACAAGUGCCUCGAUUGCCCCGAUUGGGACUACUGCAGCGAGUGUGUUGGCGACGCGCCGUCCGAGCACGCUGGCCACCGAUUCGCACCCAUCUAUGAGCCGCUUGCCGAGCCUCCCCGCUUUAGCUACCGCACCGUCCACGAGGGUAUCUGCUGCGAUGGACCUCUUUGCGAGGCCAACUCUGUCAUUACGUACAUUACUGGCGUCCGAUACAAGUGUGCCGUGUGCCCGGAUACGGACUUCUGUGCGGCCUGCGAGGCCCAUCCGUCCAACCCUCACAACAAGACCCACCCCUUGAUCAAGUUCAGGACGGCAGUUCGUCACGCACUUGUGAGCACGACUGGUGUCGACAGGAAUGGAAAGGAGAUGCCGAUCAUGGGCGAUGCUUCGAUCGCCCCCAGCUCCAGGUUCUCCAGCAGGCCCACGUCUCGCCGCGAGCCUACCAUCUCCAGCCCCCGCGCCAUUGUUAGCGUAGAACCCUCGGAGCCCGUGGCCGCCAAGGAAGAGGUUGUUGUUGAGGAGAAGAAGCAGGAAGUUGAGCCCGAGAAGAAGAUUGAGGAGACGAUUCCCGCCCAAGCCGUAACGGAAGUGAAGCCUGCCGAGCCGGUAGCGAAGAGAUUCGGCGCAGUGUACGUUCAUGACACGGUCAUGGACGGCACCGUCCUCCCUCCCAACCACGUCUUCGAGCAGACCUGGGUUCUCCGCAACUCUGGUAACGUCGCCUGGCCUGCAGGAUGUGCCGUCAAGUUUGUUGGAGGCGACUACAUGGGUCACGUCGACUCUAACCACCCCGCCGGUAUCUCAGAGCUCGUCUCCGCUUCGGAGUCUACCAUCUGCUAUGAGGCUCUCAAGCCCGGCAAGGAAUAUCCCUUCACCGUUCUUCUCCGCACCCCUCCCCGUGAGGGCAAGGUCAUCUCGUACUGGCGCCUGACCACGCCUAACGGCGUUCGCUUCGGCCAUCGACUGUGGUGUGACGUCAAGGUUAUGGCGCCCAUGGCGAUUGAGACUAAGGCCCCCGCGGUACCACCAAAGGAGGAGAUUACCCAGCCCGAGGCCGUCCUUGACAGCAGCCAGAUGGUGUUCCCCAAGCUUGAAAAGGAAUCGCCCAUUUCCAGCAUCCACGAGGAGGUCAAGAAGGAAGAGGAGGAAGAUGUCCUCUCGACACCUCAGGAUGCAGACUUCGAUGACUUGGAGGGCGAGGUCUGGGAUGGCUCGGAUGAAGGCUUCCUGACGGACGAGGAGUACGAUAUCCUGGAUGCCUCGGACGAGGAGUACCUCGAGGAGGCGAAGAAGACUCCCCUCAAGAGGUGA